CUCUCUCUCUCUCUCUCUCAUAUAUAUAUAUGCGCGUGUGAAUGGAUAUAUGUAUGCGUUGCCUGUAAUCUAUUUCAUCAUACAUUUUUUAGCAUAUAUAUCUCAGAUUCUCUGUUUUUUUAGGAUUUGAUAAGACAAUUCGUUUGUAUAAGAAUUAGCCUUGAUAGUUUAUAAUUUCCUUGUGAUUUUUAUCUCUGGGAAUAUUGAAAGAGAAAAUAUUUGAUUUGUUUACUAUAAAAGUGUUGUAAUACGAAGAGGGGAGUCUCAAAUUAACUCCACAGAUAACAGGCAUCAUUUUCUUUGAUCACCACCUGUAGUGAGGUUGAAUUAUUGUUUCAAUUUGGCACUUAGUUGUAAUAAUUAAAGCAUCUAAAGCCCAUGGCAAAAAUAUAACUUUUUCCCCCCUAUAGAUUGAAGUUGAAUUACUUCCCAGUCAUGAAGUAAAUAAUAAGGGAAAAUAAUUAUCUUUUCUCUGUUUUGGCAUUUUCAAAUCUACUUUCAUCCAAUCUACUUUUCCUUUUCCUUUUCCUUUUACUACGAUAUUGAAACGUAAAGUUUUCUUCUUUUGUAUUGGCCCUCCAUAUUUAAUUUAUUUGUUUUCUCCUGUAGAAGAUUACUAUAGUUUAUAACGAAUCUUAAACUCCAUAAUUAAACCAAGGAAGAAGACAUUGAUUUGACGUUCUCAUCAAACAUGAGGAGUCCAUAACAUUUUAUGAUAAUGAGAUGGCAGAUCUGGAUCAAAUUUUAGGUGCUGAGGGGCCGGGGAGGACUUAUCAAAUCUAAUGAUCAAUGAGUGUACUUCAAGCUAGAAAAAUGGGGCUUCCCUCGAUGAAUCUUGGUAGAUUUAAGGGAGUACCCAUUUUAAAACAACUAUACUUGGAGGAGCAGCUGCUUCGGACCUCUUCUGAUAAUUGGUGCAUCAUAAAUGAUGGAACAAAUGCUCCAACCGUUGUCAUGGGGCUGUCCGGGAAACCUUCUGAACUCCUUGAAGUUGGGUCUGUGUUACAAGAACAGGUUCCUGUAAUCAAAAGGUUUACAGGGGGAGGCACUGUUAUUGUUGAUCCUGGAACAAUAUUUGUCACUCUUAUAUGCAACAAGGAUGAUGUUCCUGGUGUGCAGCCAUAUCCCCGCUCCAUCAUGUAUUGGAGCAGGCUGCUGUACAAUGAAGUGUUCAAAGAAAUUGGUGAUUUCCAACUCCGUGAGAAUGAUUAUGUCUUUGGUAGUCGCAAAUUUGGUGGGAAUGCUCAAUCAAUAACCAGAAAACGGUGGAUACACCACACAUCAUUUUUAUGGGACUUUGAAGCCGGUAAUAUGUCCUACUUGAAGCUGCCUACGAGGGCUCCAGAGUACCGAUUGGCAAGAAGCCACAUGGAAUUUGUAUGUCGAAUGAAGGACUACAUGCCAAGAUCAGUUUUUAUUGAUAAGACAGUAAUGGCUAUCGAAAACCAAUUCUCGAUGAAACCUGUUGAUUUGGAUGUUGAUGCUGCAACUCAUGACACGGAAUUUGUUCACUCCACUAGGCUUCUGUUGAAGCGGGAACUUGAGGAAGCUUGAGCAAAAUGGCACUCAAGGAAUCUGUUAGUGAAUUUGGCUCCUGCUUUGUUGGGGUUCAACAACUCUAAUAAAAACCCUUAAAUGAAUGACAAUUUUGUGGCGACCCAUGUUUUCAGUUUCACAUUGUACUGAUUUGAGGUUUCAACAUGAAGUGAUAAAACCUUGUCUAUCAUGGUGGGCAUCACCGGUGAUGCGAGACAUUGAACAAUUCAGUGAGCUGGAGAGGACUCAAGCAUUGAACCCAACCCUUGUGAGGAAAAUGCUUACCUCGUAUAUUUGUCGGAGAAUUGUUUAAGAAAACAUAAAUU